GGCCUCAAAGGAGCCAUUGUGACCUUAUCCAGUCUGGGAUCUGUCGAGUGAAGACAGUGGCAUCCCUCCGAGUUGCAUGGCGCCAUGACACUCACGGGGGAAGGCCGUGAACACUCCUGGGGAAGUGACUUGAGAUCUAGCCAGGCUGUGUUUGGGUGCCUCCUUUGCACUCUACAACACAGCCACUGGUUCCUCUGGCAAGUUAAAAAAAAAAAAAGAAAGAAAGAAAAAGAAAACAAGGAAGAAAUUGCUAUCAUGACACCAGAGGUCCAACUCCUGGAAUCCAGUCUUGGCCCCCGUUUUCCUUCCUGUCUCGGCAGAAUGGUAUCCUUGACGACGACGCUAGGACUGUGUGCAGGGAUGGCAGUGUCUGUGGUGCUAAUGGCAUUCCAUGGGGCAGGCAGGGGCCGGUCUCCCUGGUGAGAUGCAGCUGACCCACACACCUCCUGCCGGGCUGGCAGCACAGCCCCUCCCUCAGCCACCUGUGUUCGCAGCUUCAACUCUGCAGCCCCUAGACCCUCAUCCCUGCCCUGCUCUCCUUCCCUCCCGCUUCUGUGACUCUCAGCCAGCACAGAGCGGCGAGGCUACCCAGAAGACAGAGAAGUGGGAGCGGGUUGUAGCCCCGUGCGGCACUUCUCAAACUGCUGUCUGGGGGCAGGCAGUCACUCGGUGUGCUGUGAGAACAGUGUCCCCAGCUGAGUUACCUCUGGAGACUCUGGAUGACACAAAGUCCCCUGGGUUUUUUCCCUGGGUGACUUCUCCCAGCCUUUGUGACGCUGGGGCACCGUCUGAGUCCUAUAAAGGGCAUUUACUGGGCAGCAUUUCUCAGACAUAUCCUACACCCCGGGAGUGCCUAAUACUGUCUCUCAGGAUGGAAAUUCCACACAGUGUAAAGGAUGCUGGCUUAGUGUUCAGCAGUCUGAGCUCCGGAGUCAACCUUUAGGGCAAUUUUUGCCACUUAAUCAGAGUUUUACCUUAGACAAGUUCCUUCCUCUGAGCUUCAGUUUCCUGUUCGUGAAUUGGGGAGAUAACACCCUCCUGAUAAGUGUUUUGAGGACUAACCAGCCUCACGUGUAUAAAAUGCUGAGCACAAUGCCCGGAGCUUAGGAAACUGUCAGCAUUAGUUUCUCUUCAUUGUUCAGCCAGAUCGCCCAGAGCGAGAUGAUCUGCCUGCCUCGACUCCCGCUACAUCCAGCUGACUCAUAGCUCUGUACGUCUAGCCUGGAGUGCCCUCUCCCCAUACCACGCGGCUUCAAGCUCCAAAUAUAACACCUCCCUCCCCACUCCAAACCACUCUCCCUUCCUCUCUGUGUCAAUAUCCAGUUGUCCACGCCAGAAGCCCAGGAGCCAUCAGAGAUUUCCCACUCCGUGUGGAGGGAGUGACAUCAAUACCACUUCUUAUUUAAGAGAUCCCAGGUUAUCAAAUCCUCUCCAUUCCCCUGGCUCCUGUCCAGAUUGCACCUACUGCCUGGCCAACUAUCAAGUCAGAUUCUUUGCCAUUCCUUUCUUUUGCAAGAAAGCCUGCCUUCCUCCCUCAGUCCACCCAGUAAACUCUCACUUAUCCUUCAAACCCCAACUAAGGUACCACUUCUUCCAAAGCCCAGUGGCUAACCCUGCAUUUCCUCCCUCCGGGCGCAGUCUGGGAUUAGGACCGCAAGCCUGCCUCUGGGGUGCCUGCCUCUGGGGGGGCCUCUCGCAGUGACUCCACGUGUGAGAGUCCCCGUGCCAUCAAGCUCCCAGGCAGGAGAAUUUUUUUUUUUUCUAUCCUUAAGCCCCUUGGCUCAGUACCUGACACUGAGUAGGACUGUCAGUAAAAUAUUUGCUGAGUUAAAUUUACUUGAGUUUUCCAAAAAGUUGUCGUCUUUCAGUGAUUCAGUGAUUCUCUUCAGAGGGAUAGCCAACUAAUUGUUUCAGAGGCUUCCUUGGAUAUUCCUGCCACUGAUAACAGCUGCCAUCUCUUCAGCAUCUACUGUGUAUCAGACUGAAGGACCUGGAGCUAGCUGCUGUGGGCGGAUCAGACGUCCAUGUGAGGAUGCUGGCGGCCCCUAUCAAUCCAUCUGACAUAAAUAUGAUCCAAGGAAAUUAUGGCCUCCUUCCCAAGCUGCCUGCUGUUGGAGGGAAUGAAGGUGUUGGACAGGUGGUAGCAGUGGGCAGCAGUGUGACCGGGGUGAAGCCAGGAGACUGGGUGAUUCCAGCAAAUGCCGGUUUGGGAACCUGGCGGACUGAGGCUGUGUUCAGCGAGGAAGCACUGAUCGGAGUUCCAAGUGACCUCCCUCUUCAGAGCGCCGCCACCCUGAGUGUCAAUCCCUGCACGGCCUACCGGAUGUUGAUGGACUUUGAGCAGCUGCAGCCAGGAGACAGUGUCAUCCAGAAUGCAUCCAACAGUGGAGUGGGGCAAGCAGUCAUUCAGAUCGCCGCAGCCCUGGGCCUGAGGACCGUCAAUGUGGUCCGAGACAGGCCUGACAUCCAGAAGCUGACUGACAGACUGAAGAGUCUAGGGGCCGAGCAUGUUCUCACAGAAGAGGAGCUAAGGAAGCAUGAAAUGAAAAAUUUCUUUAAGGACAUGCCCCAGCCCCGACUUGCUCUCAACUGUGUUGGCGGGAAAAGCUCCACAGAGCUGCUGCGACACUUAGCGCCUGGGGGAACCAUGGUGACCUACGGGGGAAUGGCCAAGCAGCCUGUCAUAGCCUCUGUGAGCCAGCUCAUUUUUAAGGAUCUCAAACUUCGAGGCUUUUGGUUAUCCCAGUGGAAGAAGGACCACAGUCCAGCCCAGUUCAAGGAGCUGAUCCUCACACUGUGCAGUCUCAUCAGCCGAGGCCAGCUCACGGCCCCUGCCUGCUCCGAGGUCCCACUGCAGGACUACCAGCGUGCCUUGGAAGCCUCAAUGCAGCCCUUCGUGUCUUCAAAGCAGAUUCUGACCAUGUGCUAAUCGCAUAGGAGCCAGAGUGAGGUGGGAGGGAAGACGGAUCGGCAGGACUGGUUUCGGGCCCCUCGGUCAGGGCCCUCAGCUUUCCCCAGGCUGCCCUCCGACUAGGGGGGUUGUGAAGCCAGCCAGGGCCAGCCCCUGGGUAUCUAAUAAAGUCUGAACUUCCUAAGAACAGA